AACGUCAGUUUCUGUAGGAUCUACUUAACCAACUAGGCGCCAAGUCUUAUAAUAGAAACAAAUCUCUCUCUCUCUCUCUCUCUCAAUCUCUCCCAAAUAAACCCUCGCUGCUUACACGCACAGUCUCUCUCUCUCUCUCCCUCUCUCUCUCUCUCAUCAGAUGGAAAGCUAAAAAGUCGGGGAUUACGUAACCCUAGCAGCGGUUCCCCCAAUUUAAUUGGACGAUGGAGUCGCCGGCGAUAGGGAGAAGUUAUAUAGCAGCGAAAGCGAAGAAGCGUGUGUUUCCGGGAGGGAGUUCUAUGGACCCCGAUGUGAUUGAGAUUCCUCCGCCGACGCCGAUUAAUCGGAGUUCGAAAUCAAAAACUCUUAAACUUAAGGAGGUUGUGGAUCAAGAAAUAAUUGAUGUUGAUAUGGAUGAAAAUAGUUGCAAUGUUAUGCUUACUGAAGGGAUUGGUACAAACUACAAAGGCAAGGGAGCUAUAACGAACAAUUCCUUAGGAAUUGAUGGGGACGGGGGUCAAUCUUCAAAGAAGAACUCUGCUCCUGGAUCACAUAGUGUAGUUAAUUUAGAAGGUUUUGCAUGUGAUCUUUCAUUCCUUGAUGAUGAUUAUGUGGAUAUGUACCCUGAUGGUGCACAUGUGUUCGAUGACAAUCAGAUGUAUGAGGAUGAAUAUGAAAUUUUACAAUCCCAUUUUGAUAAUAUUGACAUUCCACCUGGUGUUGAGGCUCCUGUUUCUUGGUUCCCCGGUCCUGCUCAAAAUAAAAUUAAUGUCGGUGCCACUAAAAACCCAGCCCUGUCAAAUCCAAAACCACAGCCCAGCCCCGGUGUUAUCCUUCCAGAAAUGGAGGCAUCACAUUCCCUGUGGUCUUUAGACCCUUGGGGAAGGAUGCCCACUACAAAUACUCUAGGGAUGGAAACCCCAGUCCAAGGAGUCAGUCACCCCCAUAAGGCAGGGUUGUCUUCAUCGUGGUCUACCAUUGAGAAUGCUCAGAGCAAGAAAAAUAUAGCUUCUUCAAAGUACUUCCAGCAUAAAGCGCAAAGUAGUGGUGGUUGGGGCUUUGUUAACAAAUCUACACCCUUUGGUCUUGCAAGUAGUCAUGGUCCACAUAAACCACCAGGUUCUUUGAACCAGCAGUAUAUUGAAGCCAAGGCAGCCUUUCGCGGUGAUAACAUUCUUCGUAAAAAGACUAAGCAUAUAGCUAGGAAUCCUUAUAUUCCUAAUGCUUCUGAGGCGUCCCCAGUCACCAGCAGCUGGUAUAAACAUGACAACAGUAUGUACGUAAUGGUUCCUCCAAAUUAUCCCACCCAUUAUAAUCCAUUUCUUAGUGAACAUAUGUCUUUCGAUGGAGUAGCGUAUGAUCCAUUCCUGCAGGAUUCCUUUACAAUUCAAACGAAUGCCACAGAUUUGGGGGUUCCAUUAGGUUCAUCUUCGGGAAGCCAAAAGGAUGCUACAUUCUUAGAUUGUCCAUCUAAUUCAUCUCAACAGAAUGUUACAGAUAAGCAUGUCAAUAGAGAUGAGAUUCUCAUGAAAUUACAUCAAUUUAAAAAAUUUGACGUUGUCCAAGAUCCUUCUGAUCAUCAUUACGUGCAUAAUGGAUCUUCAUCGAAGCAGCCAUCAAAGAGCUGGGCAAAGAAAAUACAGGAGGAAUGGAAGAUUCUGGAGAAGGAUUUACCAGAUACUAUAUUUGUUAGGGCUUAUGAAUCAAGAAUGGAUCUUCUGAGAGCUGUAAUUAUAGGAGCAGAGGGGACUCCCUACCAUGAUGGCCUUUUCUUCUUUGAUGUGUUAUUUCCUGACAAUUAUCCUCAUGUGCCACCACAUGUGUACUACCACUCACGUGGUCUCAGACUCAAUCCAAAUCUGUACAAUAAUGGAAAAGUAUGCCUGAGUCUUCUCAACACCUGGAGUGGUAGCCAGAAAGAGAUGUGGAUCCCCAAUUUGUCAACUAUGCUCCAAGUUCUGGUUUCCAUACAAGGUCUAAUACUGAAUGCGAAACCAUACUUCAACGAACCUGCAUAUGAUCGUUUAAGCGGCACGCCACAUGGGGAAAAGAGCUCACAACACUAUAACGAGUCCACUUUUAUCCUCUCCUUGAAAACUAUGGUGUUUACCCUGAAGAAGCAACCAAAGCAUUUUGAAGAUUUUGUGGUGGGGCACUUUUUCAAGUGUGCACUGGAUGUUUUGGUGGCAUGUAAAGCUUACAUGGAUGGAGCUCAAGUUGGUUGUCUUGUGAAAGGUGGUGUUCAGGAUGUCGAUGAAGGAGACAAGAGUUGUUCACAGAAUUUCAAGGCAACUUUGGGUGCUUACUUAAAACCACUUGUAGACGCAUUUACACAAAUUGGCGUGAAGGACUGUGAACAAUUCAUUCCACCUUCACAGACGGGAAACAGCCAGACAGGAUUCAGGCAGUCAGGUCACAGACAUAUGUCUCCUGCCCUCAAGACGCCGAACUAUUUUUCAUAAAUUAGAAGGGGACUAGGGGAGACUUUGAUAUUUUAUUGUGCAACCUUUAAGUUAAUUAUGUCAUCUAUAGUUUUGUGUUUUGACGGGUUCAGCACAAGACCAAAACCGUAGAGAGUAUCUUGGGAUGCUUUUGUUUUUAAAUGACAUUAUCAUAUGGAUGAAACUGGUUCUAUUAUAUUUUCUUCGUGUUCCAUGUUCA